GGGAGGAGCGGGCUCAGGUGCAGGCAAUCAUCGCAUGGGGGGAGCAGGGAGGCAGCGGCAGCCGCUCCAGCCGCACCGCGGUUAACAGGACUCCCUGUCAAGUAUUGGACAUAGCGGCUGGUGAGGAUGCGUGUAGGUGAGAAAGCUUCUCUAUUGCUUUAGCAGGGAAUUGGAGAAAGGAGUGAUUUUGUACGUGCUCUUUUGCUUAUAGACAAAGGGAGCAAAUAGGUGGAAAUAUUCGGGGAUGUUAUAAAAUCUGAAAGGACUUUCUGUACAGCGUGGCGAUGCACGACAGGAAAUUAACUCCAAAAAGAAUGCUUUCUCUCAAAGUGCUGCGACAGAAUUGAACAUUUGGCUUUUCUAGUAUCUGAAAUUCCUCCUGAAGACACAGCAAGGACUAUCAGAAACAUCAGAGAGAUCCUGGUACUUUUAAAGAGACUUAAAGCAAAUGCCAGCUGAAUGACCUUGGAGAUCAUUUGAUGUGGAUUCAUUAAUUUUCACUGCUAGUCUUCUAGUCUCAGGAACUCUAGGAUUAAUGAUGGUUUUAACAUUUUAGGGGCCUUUCAAAAAACAAGAUUGUAUACAUUUAAUUACCUGCCUAAUUAUUCCUGAACUAAUCAAGCAUUUACUUAAAACUGAACACAGAAGAUGCUUUCUUUUAAUGUUUUCUUUCUCUAUUGCUGCGAAUAAAAUGAACAAGGUAAUGUCCUGCAAAUAGAAGAACAAUUUUUUAAAGAAACUAUUUAUUAUGCAGAUCAUCUAGUAAAUAUAGAAACCUUAAACCCCUGAGAAGAUGAAGCUGAGCAACAGAAUAAUGGAGUAGUAAACAAUGGCAGCUUUUCUAGUCAAAUCAGCAUUUCAUUAGCUUCCCAGCAGAAUGCAGAUGGAAGUUUCUGAGCUCUUUGUGUGGGGGUUUGUGAAAUGAUUCAGUUGUUGCUACAGAGCCAAGGUGUGCCAGAGGUGAUGCUCUGAUGCUGAGGAGGCAUCAACAGCUAUGGGACUCUAAUCCUCUCACAUGUAAGCACUGGCAGUGUCUGCAAAGAGAGACCGUGAGACGCUGAAGCAGAGUUUAGCUGCUGUUGAGCAGAUCAGCUGCUCACUAAGGCUCAGAUUGCACUGUUCCCUAAGCACAAAACAUGAACCAGUCCCGAUGGAUUGAAUGGAGGACUCUGAAUAUGAGCAAUAGUGUUAUGAACAUAUCUGAGCACCUCUCCUGCCCUCUUGGAUUUGGUCACUACAAUGCAGUUGACAUUUGUAUCCUUGAGACAGUCGUUAUUGUCUUGCUAACAUUUUUAAUUAUUGCGGGUAACUUAAUUGUGAUAUUUGUUUUUCACUGUGCUCCACUCCUGCAUCAUUACACCACCAGCUAUUUUAUUCAGACCAUGGCCUAUGCUGAUCUUUUUGUUGGAGUCAGCUGCUUGGUUCCUACUUUGUCACUGCUCCACUACUCAACAGGUGUCCACGAGUCCUUGACAUGUCAAGUUUUUGGAUACAUCAUCUCUGUGCUCAAAAGCGUAUCUAUGGCGUGUCUUGCUUGCAUCAGUGUGGAUCGCUAUCUCGCUAUAACAAAGCCUCUCUCCUAUAACCAACUGGUCACACCUUGUCGCUUGAGAAUCUGCAUCAGUCUGAUCUGGAUAUACUCUUGCCUGAUCUUCUUGCCUUCUUUUUUUGGUUGGGGAAAACCUGGUUACCAUGGAGAUAUUUUUGAAUGGUGUGCUACCUCCUGGCUAACUAAUGCCUACUUUACUGGCUUUAUCGUGUGCUUACUGUACGCUCCUGCUGCCUUUGUCAUAUGUUUCACCUAUUUCCACAUCUUUAAAAUUUGCCGGCAGCACACCAAAGAGAUCAGUGAUCGGAGAGCUCGGUUUCCUAACCACGAAGGGGAUGCUGCUGGGGAGACUGGGCACAGCCCCGACCGCCGCUAUGCCAUGGUUUUGUUCCGGAUAACCAGUGUGUUCUACGUGCUGUGGCUCCCUUAUAUCAUAUACUUUCUGCUGGAAAGCUCUAGGGUGUUGGAAAACCCAGCACUCUCCUUCCUAACUACGUGGCUUGCUAUAAGCAAUAGUUUCUGCAACUGUGUGAUAUAUAGCCUCUCCAACAGCGUAUUCAGGCUGGGACUGCGGAGACUGUCAGAGACAAUAUGUUCAUCUUGUAUGUGUUCAAAAGACAGGCAUGUACGGGACCCUAAACCGAGGAAACGGGCUAAUUCCUGCUCCAUUUAAAGAAAACUGGUGCAUGUAAUCAAAUGCUGAGUUUUGAUAGUAUUUGUGGUAUCUGGAAACUUGCCAGAGAGAAAUGUUUACUUGAACAGCUUGCCGUGGUGUUAUAGUGAAUUUAAAAGGGAUCUUGGAAAAGGUAAAGGCAGCUGUAAGAAGGGUCACUGAACUCUUGUGAAAUUGUCAUGAGAGCAAUUCAACAGAGAUGAUGAAGAAAGUCAGAAAUAAAGAUCUUCCAAAGGGCAUGAAGUAACUAGCACAUCAGAGGAGGUUCCUUGUAAAACAAAUUAGUUAGUUACUGUCUUACAUUUUCCCCCUUGUAGACAAGUUGUCUUUGUGUCAAAAUAUACUGUAGCCUUCAGAAAUUUACUACAUUUAAGAGGAAGCAAUCAACACCACAGUAUGCAGCUAUCCAUAAAUUAUAUACUUGAGGACUGUAGUAGCUACUGCAGGUAAUAAUCAGCUCUGUCUUUGCUCACAAAAUGUACAAUUUUCAGUUGUACAAAAAAUCUGCAGUGCAUAAACCCUACCCUGGGCACGACACUUUGGGAUAAACUGGCACUUUUUGGUACAACUUACACAGAAGCUCUCUCAUUUCCCCUUUUUUCCCCAUACUGUGCAUCCCUCUAUUCCACUGUGUGCAGGUGGGUGAGUUUGAGGGCACCUGUGAGUUAACCUGAGUUCCAAACCAUUCUUUCUGCAGGAAGCAGUAGCCCUCCCUGGCUGGCUGCUGCUGCCCAUGUACAGUGAUUUCUCCAGUUAUUCACUCUCUUGACCCAGUUCAAUCAGCACACCGUGUCGAUGUGGUGUCCUUUAGGGCGUACUGAAGCUUUUCCUUACUGGUGCUCCUAACACAGAUAUGAUAAUGGCACACAGCAGUGUGCAGCACUACUUAGAAAAUUAAAAUUAACUGACCCUUUUCUUUGGGAAAUCUUAAGAGCUUACUGUUGUAGCUGUCAGUCUGUUGUGUGAACCUCACUUGCACAUAGCGUAUUUUUUUAAGAGAAAAUGUAAACUGUGGUCUGUGCCUAAUGUUUUCAUAGCACAUGGAGUAGGUCAAUGCUACAGCAUCAAAAAAUUUACACUUGCUUUAAGAGAAAUACUUCUGUGCAGCUCUUUGUUAGAGAAGUGUUCACAGAGGAGGUGAACAAGACAGUUUAAAUACAGGCCAAGAGCUUUGGUAUGUCCUUUUGUACUGAACUGACUUUCAGGUCUACUGAUGAAAUCUUUCUCAUUUUGCGAGGGCAGACAUUAGGUUUGUGUAAUAAAUUGCCAGGGGUUCAGAUGCAUGCCAGUCAAUACAAUAUUUAAAUUAUAACUUUGAACCAAAUGUAAUUUUCUUAGAUGGUUAUUGGCUUUUAAAAAAGGCCCAAUUAUUGAUUAUUGGUGCCUUUUAACACUGCACUAUUAUUCCUUCUUUCACCAAAAUGCGUAUGUAAAGAUUGUGCCUAUUACUUUUUGUAAUGAAAGCUGACCACGUGUGCACACUUGUGGUUUGACUCUAGACCUCCCUUAAUACUGUACUCUUUGUUCUGUUGAGGUGGUUCUGAACCCCUGUACAUUUUUUUUUAAACCUGUAAGAAAGUUGAAACAAUGGAAUAAAGUAGUAUUCUGUCAAUCAAACUCAGCCUUGGCGUUAGUUCCCUGAUGUCACACUCUGUUCUCUGGGAAAGUCCUUUUGGGUUAGGACUUGAGUGAACAAUUUCAAAUCCAAAUUUUGAAGCUGCUUACUUGAUGUCUAAAAUGUUCAUAUUCUAGUUUCUGGCACUGCAUGUCUUCAAAGUAGAUUCAAACAUGACUUGAAAUAUUCCUCAAGCUGAGCUGAGCUGUUGCUGACACCCAGCUCUCACAGAUAUUAGGGAAAGAUGAGUAGUAUCCUUUCCAUGGAUCUCAUAAUGCUCCAUGUCUACAGGAGGAACAUAAUUGCUGCCUUCUUUUGACAAGUUCAUGUUUAUUUUGGGAGGCUCUUUUGUCUCACUGCUGCUCUGUGUGGUUGUGUAACCCCAACUCUUCCUAUAAACAUGACUUGGAUUAAUUUAAUUUUGUCAUUCUUUUGUCAUUUUUUUUCCCGCUUAGUAGGCCCUCAGCAAGCAAGACUUAGACAAGGAGCAACAAAAUACCUUAUUUCUCACAAUUCACAGAACUGGUUUCUUACCAGUAAAGUCAUUUUAUAUCUGUGCUCCAGAGUUGGCCACUUAGAGCUUCUGAUUUUCAUUGGCAUUUCUGGUGACAAGUUUCUGUGGGACCUUCUGGAAUUCAAGAAAAGUUCUAGCAAGUGCUUGAAGUCGUACUGACAUUCACUGAAGCCAGGCUGUAGGCAGCAGAUGUGUUGUGACUGUGGAACUGUAACUCCAGAUGUGUCAAACACCCGAGCAAACUCAUUCGGCUCAGUUGUGCCUUAGUCGAACCCUUUUUCUGUGACCUCAGCAAGUGCAGUUGAUGUACAGCAACUUCAAGUUUAUUGCCUGAAAAUGGUGGGUCAGAGGUAGGGCUUUGCCUCAGAAGCUGCACCACAAAGUUUGCUCACCCUGAAGGGCACAGUUAGCAAUAUGUUCCUCUUUGCCAUCAUGUUUAGUGUGUGGAUUUGCUGCGUGGAACUAGAAAUUUCCUUUUCCUUCAGGCUGUUCUUGGAGGGAGAGAAUAUAAGUGAAAUAGCUUAUAGGAAGCAGGUUGUAGGUUCCAAGGUUCUUCACCCCUAUUCAAAGUUUUUUGGUUUGUUGAACACUGGUUUCAUGUUAUUGAUGCAGGAACACUAAUUUGCUUACCUGGAUUCUGAAUCUCAGCAGUGAAAUGUAAAGUCACAUUUCACCCUAUUCUCUAGAAGUCUCCUGGAAUCUGUGAAAUUAAAUAUCCUCAGCAGAUUUAAGUAUUGCUUUUCUUCUUUCUAUUUCCCAGGUGACAGGAUUUGACCUGAUCAGUCAUAUGAAUCUUUAAAUUCAGUAUGUGUGUUUCAUUUUAUGGAAGUUUCUUCUAAACUCAUGAUUUAAAAUUUCUAUUUGAGGGACGUUUUGUUAUUGUUUACUAAUGCUGUCUGAGGAUUCCAGCUGGUGCUAAAUUCUCUUCCUCAAUUAGAAGGCUGGGCAUUUAUUGGAUAAAAAAAGUCACAGAAAUUCCAGUCACCCAAUCUGUCACUUUUGAUUUUCAUUCUGUCAUAAUAUAAAGUUUCAUGUAUUUUCUUGUACGAAAACCUGAUUAAAAAAUGAUACUUUUAAAGCUGGCUGCCACUUUCAUGUGCCUGAAGAUAUUUAUGAUUUAUAAAAUACCUGGUAAAUAGGAGACCAGACACUGACUAAAGAAGUUGAUGUGAAAAAAUUAUUGUUGAUAAUACAGGUAAUAAGAAGGAAACACAUGUAAAAUACUAAAUGAAAAAAUGAAGCUAUAUGCCUGAUAGAUAAGCAAAACAUAUAUAUAUUUAUAUAUAUAUAUAUAUAUAUAUACACAAAAAACUCCAUUAUGCAGGUAGAUUAUGUUGUGCUCUUAUAUUUCUCUGGGAUAUUUAUGCUUGCAGCAUACCAGGAGCAAUGUCAAGGUCGAUUGCCUUACCAUUUUUGGAACCUCAUCUCUGCAGCCUAAGGAAAAGUCAAAAAAAUUGUGUAAUGGCAACAAAAGAACUACCAGAAAAGUGUUUUUUUCUUCACCAAAUUCUAUGUGAUUCCUUAUUUUCUGGCUAAGUAAAUUUCUUCCUAAAAUACUAGUCUUUAACAGGAAAGGGAACUGCAGUGAUGAAAAACACAUUGCUAUCUUCUAAGGUUUACUUAUUGUCUUAUACUAAGAUAUUCUUUCCCUGUUUUUGUAACUGUAGUCAGUAAUGCUGGGGGCACUGUGCAAGUUUUAUUUUUGUGCAGUCUUUGUGCUUCCCCUGUUGAAAAGUUGGGAAAAGUUGCUUUAUUGAGCUACCUUUCACAAGUAGUUUAGUAAGACCUUUUAAAAAUAUUGCUUUUGUUACUAAUUUUCAUUCAUUAGUGAAAAUUUUGACAAUGAAAUAUCCUUGAGUACACUUAGUUUUUACACUCAGAAAAAGCAGUAAAAUGUCCUUUUAUGGGUAAAUGAACUUAGCAGUCAAUAUUAGAAAUCGAGAUUUAAUGAUGAGUUACUUCAAUAGCUGCUUCAUUUCAACGUGGAGCUGUUUUAUCUUUCCUUUUGGUUGUAGCUAAGCACAUAAAUAUACAGAUUCUUUCUUUUUUAAGGUUGGUGUUGGAAUGCUGGGUAUCUGUGUCUCUGAGCCCGAGUCCUGCUGUUCCCAGGGUGGGAGUAUCCCUUUAGCAGCUUUCCAGCUCAGUUGCAGCUCAGUCCUGGAGCUGAGUGUGCCAGGGAGCAGAGCCAGAGGUUCAGCAGGCUGGUGCUGCUGUGGGGGAGGAAUGUCACUGAAGGUGGCAGUGGCCUCCCCAGCCAUCCACAGGACCAGCUGAUUUGCAGAUCUUCCAGAUUUAUUGUCCCUGUCACCAAAAGGAGAAGUUUAAGCCUUUGACUUCAUCCCUGCCAACUGUUCCCUCUGGCUCUUUUUUGUAUGGAUAGAAUGGUGCAUCUCUCUACUGAAGAACUGAAUUUGAUUGAUUUUGUUAGUUUUUUUCACUGAAAAUUUUCAUGUAUGUCUUUUGGGUGGCCAAACCAAACACUGCUCUGUUAACUAGGUGCCAAUUAAUUUGCAGACCUUUUCAGAAAUGGCAGUAUCACUGAGGUAGUGUUUUCCUGUUAUUUGCAGCGUUGCCUGGAGCACUGCUUAAAGAUAGCACUUUUCAAAAAUUACAUGUUUUUUGCUAAACCAAAUAUGGAGUUCAAGUAAACCUUUCCAAGUAAACCAAGAUUCCCCCACCAUUUUACAUAGACAUAUAAUUUUUUUCUAAGUAUGUACUGAAUUUAUGCACAGAUCUCAGCAUUUUUAACCAAAGUCAUUAUUGUUGAUGGGAUGAAAGCGGUGUAGAAGGGUAUUUAAGAGGAGCUUCCUACACACAGGUUUUUCUAGUCAUUCUAUAAAGAAAUUAUUCCUUUCCCCUUCUGAUAUUAGGACAAUCCCCCUGAGCUCCAUGAGCUGUAAGUGCUAAAGGAGUGGGAUGUAACUGGAGAAGAAGCUGUUAAUGUCUCCAUGCCCCAACACAGCCCUGAGAAAAUACUGAAAACCCCUCACUUUUACAUCCAGAAUUUCUUUAGGCUCCUCCUUUGUAUAAGUACUAUGAAAGGUAGGAUGAAUAUAAGGAAACCCUAGUGCUUUCAGCUGCACUGAUGGGUGGCUAGGAGAAGUAAUUUCAGGCAGUAAAAUCUUUGGGACUUUAUCCCAGUCUUACACUGUCUGCUGCCAGCCUUAACCCUCUGGAGCAGACUGUGACAGCAGGGCUGCAGGGUUUCAUUUUAAGCCCCGUGUGACUCCAUCUGGACAAUAAAAAGGUGACUGGGAGCAAAAUAAAACUUUUCUAAGUGCAGUGAUUACCAGGGAAAAGAGUUUCUUUCCCUCUACGAUGUUCAUCCCUGCCUCAAAGCUCACAAUCUAAAAUUUACAGCUGACAGUGUAGAAAAACAAGACAAACACCAAGAUUUUGAGAAAGGGAAGCUCAGAGACAUCAGUGUCGUCAUCUGAGGGCACUUCUGCCAUUUGAAAGCAUUGUUCUUUGUUUCCUUUAAAUUAAAUGUCUUUUUAUCUGUGCAAUAAGCACAAAUUCUUGUCAUCAUUGAAAAAGUCCAUUUUAUGAGAUAUUUAAAUGAGGGACAUUUAAAUGAGUUUGGGCAAGUAUUACAGAGGGUCCCAAGUCACUUCUGAAAACAGGUACUACUUCAAAUUUCAUACACUUUAGGCAGGAGUGUCUUCAAAUAUCUGUCCCAGGUCAGUGUUUUCAGUCCUUGUAUCAUCUCUCCAGUGUUCUUCAUGCUUGUGCAAGUAUUAUGGAAAAGUCCUUCUUGUGGAGCAACUAAAUUUAGAAUUGCAAAUGGACAAAUGAUGUUUUCCAUGAUAGGAUAGAUUUGUUCUGCCCUGGCUGAAGGACCCUGGCUGAACCUCCUCAUAUCUCGGUUGUUUGGGGUCAUUGGCAGCUCUGCACAAACCCAUUUUUGGGUACCAGUGUGUGGGGCUGAAGCAUGUGUCUGUCCUCUGCUGAAACUCUUACUCAUGAAGUUAAUCCUCUACUGAUGGGGUGAGAGACAGCUGAAGGCAGUAAUGCUUUCAACUACCUUAGCAAGACUUUUGCAGAGCUGUGGUGAUCUGGGAUUUUAGUGGUAAGGAAAUUAGUUGUAAUUUAAAAAGGAGAGAUCUAUAUGCUAUGAGUAAUGAAUUAUUGCUAGGUCAAGAAUAUAGUAGUCUGGUUUUCAUCUAUGCCCUCAACACACCAAAAGGAUCUUCAUAUGAAAAUUUUACUAUAAUCAGGUAGAUAUUCAGGCACUGCAAUUUUUAUAGGGAGUUUUAAUGCAACAAUAUACAUAAGGAUUGUAAAUAGUCAUAUAAUAGCAAGGUUUCAAUAGCAGCUUUUCUGUAUUUCAGGGGCUUUGGGGACCACUUUGUGGCUCAAGUCGGAUAAGUUCUAAGUGCUUGCUGAAAUUACCAAAGCCAAGACAGCAAACACAGGCUGUAAAUGCAAGAUAUUUAUCCAAAACUACUUUCUCUGUAGUACUGGAUAUUUUAUAUUGUCCAGGCAAUUAUCUCAUGUUGGCUUAUGAUGGUGCCUUACAGAAAAGAAAGAAAUCUAACACAUGUAAGCAGAACUACAUGCUGUCCUAAUGAAAUGAUGUUCAAGAUUUUUAACAUUUCAACUCAGGACUCACAUAUUUUCUGUUAUCUCUUACUUUGGGAGCUCCUAACCAAUUCAUUAUUUCCAUUUUCUGGCUGUGCUUUACUUGAUCUCUGGCUUUUGGGUUUUUGAAGUUCAGUUUUAAAUUUGAGUUUUCAAUCCAGAUUUGCUGUUUUGUAGCUGUGUUCUUCACUUGACUCAUGGAAAAACUUUUAUGGAGUAUUGGAGAGGUCAUGUCCUUGUAGGGAACUGCAUCAAAUCUGAAACAUACUCAGGCUGCAUUUGAUUGUAUCUGAAAGAAGUAUUGCUGUACCUUGUUCACCAGAUUUCAGGUGUCUUGGCAAGAGCAUCAGUGACAGAUAACAAGUUCUCUAACAUCCUCAGUUGGGCUGAAACAUUUGCCUCUGAUUUUGUUUGUAAACAUUGCUUACUAAAGAAACUAAAUUUUGGUGGUGAAUCAGUAUUUUGGAUGGGGUUUAUGGAGAUAAUUUAUCUGUCUGUUUUAUUUCCUCUGGUUCUGAUGGUGGAACAGGAAGGUUAUUGCUUAAAUGCUGCUGGAAGUUCUUUCAACUUCCCCCCCCCUUUUUUUUUUGAAAAGUAUGUCUGUGAUGGUUGGUCAUUGAUACAAUUGGAUUUCAGUGAUCAUCUUAUUUUAUGAAAUUAGUUGCAUUAGUAAUGUCUGUAAUUUGAAAAUAAAAAUCAUAACGAAGUGCUCUUGUAAUAAUGGUAUUGAUUUUGUCUAAAAAUAAA